GAAUAUCAGAUUAUGGAUGAUCACCAUCAUCAGACGUUCUGGUGCCACGAGUGCGACAUGAGCGUGAGCCUCCUGCCUUUGCCCACUUCUUUUUCCCGGGAGAGGGAGAGGGAGAGGCAGAGGGAUACUCUUCUCUGCCCUCACUGCUUCAGCGACCUCUUGGAGCUCAUGGAUUCUGAUUCUCUUCAGCACGACUCCCUCAUCCUCCAACCGCCACCACACCAGCCACAUCCCCACAGCGAUAACUACCUCCUCAACAGCCCAUUCCUCCAUCGACUCAUCCACCACCUCUCCACCCACCCCAUCAACCACGACGACCUCCUCCCUUCUGCCACCGCCUCUUCCUCCUCCGUUCCCUCUUCCUCCCUCCCUGCCUCCAAGGCCUCCGUCGACUCCAUCCCCACCCUUAAGAUCACCUCCUCCAUGCUCGAUCGUGACCCUCUUCUCCUCUGUGCCGUCUGCAAGGAGCAAUUUCACCACUCCGUCGACGCCAAGCAGCUUCCUUGCAACCAUCUGUACCACCCCCACUGCAUUCUCCCAUGGCUCUCUUCCCACAGCUCUUGCCCUCUCUGCCGCUUCCAGCUCCCCACCGAAACUCAGCACCACCAGCUUCAGCUUGGCCACCAUACCCCCUUGCGCUUCAACUUCGACAAUGACGACGACGAGGACCUCAACGAUUGGUUUACGGAAUAUGGGUCCUCCUCCUCCUAUGGAACCAGUCUCCGUCUCAACUACAUUUCGGCCGGUGGAAGACACAUGGCCAACCAAGCACAUUUGGGUCCUGCUGCAGCCCCCAAUUUCAAUGCCAAUGCCGAUUCUUCUUUCAACGGGAAUUUAUAGCAGAAGUGUUUGAGGAAUGUUGAUUGUCUUGAUAAAACUCAAGUGUAAAUCUGCAGGGGAUUGUUCCUUGGUGUAGGUCAACUGUCCCCAUCUCCCCCUUUCAGAGCUGGGGGUUCAAUUUUCAGUUAAUAAAUGGAAGGAUUGUCCGCCUCUUUGGUUUGGUGAUGCAUGAAAUCAAAGUUGUUUUGAAGCGGUGGAGUUUGUGAGGUGCCUGUGGUGAUGUGUGCUGUGGAUGUGAAGCAGCUUAUCCACCCAGGAAUGCAACUUCUGUUUUAACAAUCCACGGCUCUACUUUGUGCAUUGUGGCGGCCGCCCUUUUUUUUUUUUUUUUUUUUUUUUUUGUCUUCUUCUUUUCCUUAAUUCUUUAGAUUUUCCGAGCCUAAGCCUCUUAGAAUUAAAUGUGCUAGUCUGUUUUUUGGUUAAGAGGAUGAUUGAAAAGGUGAAUGGAUAUGACUAUUUGGAUUUGACGAUUUC